AUGGUGUCAACUAUACUCGAUGAGAAAAGUGCUGAAAAAUUGAAGGCUGUCCCGCUGUCCAAUGACACAGUUGCAAGACGAAUCAGUGACAUUUCAGAUGAUCUUGAAGAACAACUCUGUGAGAAUCUGAAAGACAAACGCUUCGCCUUACAAGUAGAUGAGGCAACUGACAGCAAUAAAGACUGCUUAUUAAUUGCUUAUGUGCGCUUUGUCAUGUCUGAGUCACUGCAUGAGGAUUUGCUGUUUUGCAAAUACAUAAGAACCAGAGCAACAGCUGAUGAGCUCUUUAAGCUUCUUGACAGUUACCUGACAGAGCAUGAGCUGAAAUGGGAGAACUGUAUUGGCGUUUGCACGGAUGGUGCACAGACCAUGGCUGGGAAAAAGCAGGGAUUGCAGGCACUAAUCAAGCAGGUCUCGCCAAAUGUGCAAUGGACGCACUGUCUCAUACACAGAGAAGCGCUUGCAUCAAGGCAGAUGAGCCCUGAAUUAAACGAGGUCCUGACUGAUGCUAUUAGAGUGGUCAACUUCAUCAAAACAAGACCCCUGAAAGCGCGGCUGUUCUCCGCACUUUGUGAUGAGAUGGGAGCCACACACUCAGAUCUGCUGUUUCACAGCGAGGCCAGGUGGCUCUCCCGAGGCAAAGUGUUGUCACGAGUCUUUGAACUCAGAGAGGAAAUUCGGGUGUUUUUGGAGGAAAAUGGCAUGCAUGACGUUGCCAGCAAGUUCAGUGAUGAACAAUUUCUGAUGAAACUGGCCUAUCUCAGCGACAUAUUUGGAAAGCUGAAUGAAUUAAAUCUUCAGCUUCAAGGCAGAGACAAGCAUCUUCCUCACCUGGCAGACAAGAUCAGCGCAUUCACUCGAAAACUGGAGAUGUGGGGCAGGCGACUUGAUCAAGGAAACACUGAUUUCUUUGAGAAUCUGAGUGAUUCUUGCGCCACCACAGUGAUUCCAUAUCUCAAGGAGCACAUUUCUUCUCUGAGAAGAUUCUUUCAAAAAUACUUCCCAGACAACAGUGUGCAGUAUGACUGGCUGAGAGAUCCAUUUAACGCAGCAGCACCAGCUGGUCUCAGCUCUGCUGAAGAGGACCAGUACAUUGAGAUGACCUCAGACUCCACCCUGAGGAUGAAGUUUACAGCACAGACACUGAGUGAAUUCUGGCUUGGUGUGGAGAGGGAGCAUCCACUCAUUGGGCAGAGGGCUGUGGGCAUUCUGCUUCCCUUCGCCACAUCCUAUCUCUGUGAGAUAGGCUUUUCUGCUGUUGCCUCACUAAAAACAAAAUACAGAUCCAGGCUCAACAUUGAACAUGAAUUGAGAGUGGCCGUAUCAAGCCUGCAACCUCGAUUUGAAAAGAGGUGCAGCACAAAACAGGCUCAUUGCAGCCAUUAA